CAUCCGACUACUUGUACCUGUCACUACGCGGUACGGAACACCGUUUAUACCAGUUAGUGGUCACCACGCGGGAGCACAAAUUGGACAGAUACCACAGAUCGGGUAGCGACAAUGCCAUACAUGUGAGUAGGCGGACAGCGGUCUGCAGGUGUCUCCACUUAAAACACGUAAGCCACACCGAUCUUCUAUAAUGACGCACUUCCGUGCAGUCAGUCAGCAGUGAUGAUUCGUGCGUUGUUUUUCCUGACAUGGCGACUUCCAUUGUUUACUGUGCUGUUAGCAACAUCCCAGCGAAGUUUAGAUCUGUAGAUUUGAGAAAUUUUUUUAGUCAGCUUAUUGAAGGGAGAUCAUUCAUAUGUUUCCAUUACCGACACCGACCGGAGGAACUCCGGGACCCGACUGCGGAUGAGUUCGACCCAGAGUCGGCGUCUUUACCAAAUGAGGAGACGUCGGCUGUCACACGGGACCGAAUCACGGCGACGAGAAAAAAUACCUGCUGCUGUGUGGUGGCACUAGAAGCCAAGCAGGCCGAGCGGUUCAUCAAGAUGUAUGUGGGGACCCAGUGGGUUGAUUCGAAAGGAGACUGGCUGGCCAGCCGCUGUGUGAUCAAGAGGAUCAGGGUUUCGGAGAAUCCAGAGUGCAACACUUUUAUCUAUAAAACCAAAAAGGAGAUUCAUGCAAGCGUAUCCCUGAAUAGGAAGUUUACGGAAAGCGAUCUGAAAAGACUACCAGAACUCAACCCACCUGCUUUGAUGCCGAAUGGCAAUGUAGGAACUCCAAGUAAAGUGUUCUUGGAGCUUAUACAGGCCUGCAGAUUGCCUCCAAGCAUCAUAAAAAAACUUGGAUUGAAGUUCCACAAAACGGGGUCAAACAGGAGAUACGGCAAUGUCCCAUUUGAGUACCAAAACACAGAGACCGUUGAACUGGAAGAAACCGUCUACACAGCCAGUGGAGUUGAAAUUUCAGAAAUGAACAAAGAGUGGACACAGCAAACUCAUCAGGUGUCCACGGGCUCCCCAAAGAGUGAAGAUUUAGCAUCGGCAGGCAGUAAACACAGAUCGGAUUCCUCAGAUGAGGAUGAUGACACUUGUGAGGAGUGGGAGCGUCACGAGGCUCUUUAUGAAGACGUGACAACCCAGGAACGAACAAAAGAAAGGUUGUUUGAGGAGGAAAUUGAACUGAAGUGGGAGAAAGGUGGCUCUGGGCUGGUUUUCUAUACAGAUGCGCAGUAUUGGCAAGAGGAGAAUGGAGAUUUUGAUGAGGAGACGGCAGAUGACUGGGACGUGGAUAUGAGUGUUUACUAUGACAAAGAUGGUGGUGACAAGGAUGCCAGAGAUUACGUACGAAUGAGAUAUGAAAAAAGACUGAGAGAUGGGGAAGAGACCGAAUCUCUGCAAAGUCUAGGGAUUGGAAGCUUUGAGAAAUAUACAAAGGGUAUUGGAAGGAGGCUGAUGGAGAAGCAGGGCUGGAAAGAGGGCUGUGGACUGGGUCACAGCCAGCCUGGCAUAACGGAGGCUCUUGAAAAUGAUGGGCAGCAUCCCAGGUGCAAGAGGGGGUUAGGAUAUCAUGGAGAGAAGCUUAACACCUUUGUUAAAACGAAAAAAAGGCCUUGUGAUUCUGGUGUUCGAAUUUCAACUAUUUACGAUGAGCCAGAAGACGGUGACAAAGGUGAUUUAUUACUUCGGCGUCAGCCUGCAACCAGCAUGAAGUAUCGGCAAAACUGGGUGCCUAAAUGUAAGAGCAGCAGCUCUAAACAGAAUUAGAUGGGACUCUGUGGCGUGAUUCUUUACUUUAUUUGUAUUGAUAUUAACAAGAUACAGUAUGCCAUCUAUUUUUAUAUGUUAUUUAAAUAUUUUGAGAGUGUAUGUAUUCUUGUGACAGCGGGAGAGUACAAAAUAAAACCGAAUGGGAAUAAAUAAACACUCUACUGCUUGUCCGCUCUCCCUCCACACACUUCAAACCCCUGUCUUCUUGGUGGGGUUGCAGACCCUCUCAAGCACUCGCUUUCUACCUCCUCUCGUUAUUUCUCUGCCUGUCUUACCCUGACGUCUCGUAAUCCUGCCAACAGAUUGUUUACCCGCUCCCACCACCUGAAUUGGCAGCCAUUGCCUUUAAACUACUCCCGGGAUUGGUCAGGAGAGGAGCACCAUGUGAAUGUCCUGGAGCCUCGGUCUAACUGAUCCCCGACUCCUUAUUAGAGGGUCAAACGCACAUGGUAGCUGCCUGACAGCCUUGUCCCUCGUAAUACAAUGUUGGGGCCUUUAUGUGGAGUUUGGUACACCAUGUUAAUUCCUAAGGGGAAACUAUUGUCCCCAAAAGGAUACCAUUGUCAAACAUAGUUCACAGACAGUUCUUCAUGCAGUUUGUUUGUCACCCAUAGCUUCUUUCUAUGCCGAAGAAGAAAUGACAUGUGAAUCUGUCGUGCCAUCACCAGCAGCAGCAGCACACUCUCGUCCCUCUGCUAGGGCCUGGCAUUAUACUGUCGCAUUAUAUAUCAAGGACAUUGACUAAUUAAAAUGUCAUCUUAAAUUUGUUUCUUGUUGGAAAUACCAAAGUGAGACAAUCCCUUUAUAUUUUUAUAAAGCUAUAUUUUUUUUU